GGGUUUUUUGGAUCUUUCAUGUACGAUUCAGGGUUGUUUACCUCGUGUUUUCCUACCAAACGCCAGUAAUAGCUUAAUAGAAAUCCCGCUUUAUCCGCUUUUAAAGGGCGUGGUUCUUCAAAGGACCCGACCCAGCAUUGUCAAAACAAGAAGAAAACUGGCAAAACAAAUGAAGUUUGAAUACUGUCACGGACAUUAAGGUUAUUUCGCAAUUUUGUGCGUCUCGAUAACUAGCUGAGUGAAGUUUCACUUUUGUACUUUCUCAAAAAACGGUGCUAUUUGAACGGUUGGUUGGUCUGCCCCCUAGCGAAGAUGCCCGUCUAAGGGUCCGUUUUGCCUAGCGACUUUUGUACUUGUGUCCCACUUUGCAGCCCAGCUGACGCCAAGGACACGAUCAACAUUGGGAUCUUAAAAAACGCCUAUUUUUAGUUGGCGACAAAAGCGCAUUGUCAUUGGAACGUCGAGCAGUCCCAUUGUGGUGUUUAUGGAACGAUGUCACUGAAGCCCAGGCUGGUGGAUUUCAAUUCGACAUGGGGCGCCAUCAAGGAGACGAUCACCGGCGUAAUCACGCUGGAUCACGUCCCGCGGACUGUGUGGAACGAUCGGUUUUCAGACGUGUAUUCGUUGUGCGUGGCCCAUCCAGAGCCUUUAGCCGAUCGGCUGUACGCCGAGACCAAGCAGUACCUAAUCGACCAUGUCGCCCAUCUAUUGGAAAAAGUGCAGGCGGAUGGCGAUCAUUGUUUGAUUAAGAACUACUUCCACUACUGGUCGCAAUACUCAGUUGGCAGCCAGUAUCUGCAUAGUUUGUACCUGUACCUGAACCAGCAGCACAUCAAGAGCCACAAGAUGUCGGAUGCGGAGAUUAUUUACGGCAACGGGGAGUCUUCGAACAGCUCAGCGACAGCCGACCAAAUGGAGAUUGGGGAGCUGGCGCUUCAAGUCUGGCAAACCAACAUGAUUUGGCCGCUGGGGCAUCGCCUGGUCAAACUUCUGCUGGAAGCGAUUGAUCUUGAUAGAGCCGGGAAACCUCCUGCCAUCCACCUGGAUGCAGUUAGAGGCACCAUCUUGAGCCUCGUCGAGGUUCAGGCCUACCGGAAAAAAUCACAGCUUCAGUUAUAUGCUGAGCUGUUCGAGGGGCCGUUUCUAGACGCUAGCGGCGAGCACUUUAAACGCGACGCCGCCCUGCUCCUGCAGGAGAAGAACGUCAGUCUCUACAUGGACAAAGUCAAGGGGAAGAUAGACGAGGAACUGUACAGGGCCAGGCGCUUCUUACACGCCAGUUCGCUGUCCAAGGUCACCAGCCGCUGCGAGCAGCACAUGGUGGCCGAACACUUGCAGUUCUUAUACAGCGAAUGCACCAACAUGGUCAAGUACGAGAAGAAGAAAGAUUUGGCCAACAUGUACGAACUUCUAAAAAGCGUGACCGACGCACUGGUUGUCCUGGUUGAUACUGUUUUCGACCAUAUCAAGAACCAGGGGUUGGCUGCCAUCCACAAUCUGCAAGGGGACACCCUUCACAUCCAGUUCGUGGAGAAUUUGCUGGCAGUGUACAAGAAGUACAAGGAGCUGAUCAAGGAAGUUUUCAAGUCGGACCAGAACUUUAUGGGCGCUCUGGAUAAGGCCUGCAAUUCAGUCAUCAAUCACAGACCGAAUGAGGGCCGGUCACCUUGUCGUAGUCCGGAACUGUUGGCCAAGUACUGUGAUGCUCUACUGAAGAAAAGCAGCAAAGGCAUCUCAGAAACAGAGGUGGAUGAGAAGCUCUCAGAAAGCAUCAUCAUCUUCAAGUACAUUGACGACAAAGACAUCUUCCAGAAAUUCUAUUCGCGAUCGUUGGCCAAACGGCUGAUCCAUCAGCAGACGCAAAGCAUGGACGCCGAAGAAGCGAUGAUAAACCGACUGAAGCAGGCCUGCGGAUACGAAUUCACCAGCAAAUUGCAUCGGAUGUUCACCGAUAUGUCCGUGUCGGCCGAUCUAAAUAACAAGUUCCAGGAGUUUACCAAAAGUGAGGAGAUUGAGUUGGGGAUCAAUUUCGGCAUCUACGUGCUUCAGGCGGGUGCAUGGCCGCUGGGACAGGCCGUGGUCACGCCUUUUGCUCUGCCUCAACAGCUGGAGAAAAGCGUUCAAAUGUUUGAGACAUUCUACCACAACAGAUUCAAUGGCAGGAAGCUGACCUGGCUGCACCAUCUUUGCCAGGCUGAACUGAAACUAGGUUACCUGAAAAAGCCCUACGUGGUCACGGUGCAGACGUUCCAAAUGGCCAUUCUGUUGCUCUUCGAAAAGACCGAUCAGCUAUCCUGCAAAGAAAUAAGAGAAACGCUGCAGCUGAACUCCGAACAGUUCAAACGGCACGCCGUGAGCCUGGUGGACUCUAAGCUGCUUCUGGCAAAUGCUGAGGAAAUUGAUGAGACUGAAACGGUGCUUCGGCUCAACAUGGACUAUUUGAAUAAGAGGACAAAGUUUCGAAUAACGGCGGCGAUUCAGAAGGAGGCCCCGCACGAAGUGGAACAGACGAUAAAUUCGGUUGAGGAGGACCGCAAGAUGUAUCUGCAGGCAGCCAUUGUGCGGAUCAUGAAGUCUCGAAAGGUGCUCAAGCAUAAUUUGCUGAUCCAAGAGGUGUACGCGCAGUCAAAGGUGUCUUUCGCCCCCAGUGUGCCCCUGAUUAAGAAAUGCAUCGAAUCCUUGAUAGAUAAACAGUAUAUCGAGAGGACUCCGCAUUCUAGCGAGGAGUACAGUUACGUAGCUUAGUUUAGUCGAAUUUUUUCAACCAGUUUAACGACGAAUUGCUCUUAAAUGCGCAACUUAAUGAAACUGUUUUAUAUG